AUGACCGAAGAACAGCUCCAGCGCAUCAUCGCAGCUCUGGCACCGGCAAGCAGACAAGGGUCAUUCGCACGAUGCAACGCAGUAUACGACGGGACCGGCGAAAACGAGGCUGCAGAGACUUUUCUCGCAGCUAUCAACGUGUACAAGAAAAUCGAGAACAUUGACGACGAGAACGCUCUCGAAGGGCUUACCCUCCUUUUAAAAGGAGACGCCGCUGUCUGGUGGGAAGGUGCCAAGUCAGACGUCAAGUCCUGGACGGAUUUUGAGAAUCGGCUUCGGCACGCAUUCGCCCCGAAAAUACCAGCGGACAUCCUGUAUCAGAGGAUAAUAGAACUCAAGCAGGAUGCGAAAACCCCCACUGAGAAGUUCGUCGCAAAGAAGAGGGCACUCAUAGCCCAGCUGCCUGCACCAAUCCCACCGGAGACCCAUCAACUCCAUAUGAUUUAUGGUCAGCUCCACUUGAAUAUACGGGAAAUGGUGCCAAGAAGCGCUUUCAAAUCGAUCGACGAACUUCUGAAACUCGCACGGAGUGCUGAAGAAAUCCUAUUGGAAAAGAAGACGAGCUGGGAAGAAAAUGUUGCCUCAGUACCUUCAAACAAUGAACGGAACACUUCAGGCCGACAACGCUGCGAGUACUGCGAUAAGAACGGGCACGCCGAAGAAGAUUGUCGCACAAAGAAGCGGCAACAACAAGAGAUGAGCUCAACUGCAGGGGAGAUGCGAGCAAGGUUGCUCCAUCAGCACCGGUUGGCAUCAGUUGCUACGGAUGCGGCAGACCCGGCGUCGUUCGCAGCAAGUGUCCUAAUUGCUGCAGAAAUGAAAAUCCAGGAAACCAGAGCGUCGGUCUAUGUUCUUGGGCCCCAAGCGUCCCUGGUGAAAUAG